UCAACUUGACACCUUCUGUCACGCAAGAAAAUUUGCGUGCUCCACCAAAAUCCCAUCCACCACACACAAAAAAUAUCCACGAUUUUCUUUUUAAAAUAUUAAAUUAAUUACAAUUUUUUCUAUAUUAAAUAAAUCUUAGCUUAAAUUAUAAAAAUUUUUAGAAUUAGUUAAGAUGUUUAAAAAAUUUGAAGAAAAAGAAAGUGUCUCGUCCAUCCAACAACUCAAAUCAUCUGUACAAAAAGGAAUACGCACAAAAUUAUUGGAAUCCUAUCCACAACUCGAAUCGCACAUUGAUCAGAUUCUACCAAAAAAGGAUUCAUUUAGAAUUGCGAAAUGUCAUGAUCACAUCGAAGUUCUACUUAAUGGAAUUGGUGAUCAAGUAUUCUUCCGUCAUCGCGAUGGCCAAUGGAUGCCAACUCUCAAACUUCUUCAUAAAUUUCCAUUUUUCGUGACGAUGCAGCAAGUCGACAAAGGAGCCAUUCGUUUCGUGUUAAGUGGAGCUAAUAUUAUGUGUCCAGGUCUAACGUCGCCAGGUGCAUGCAUGACGCCUGCUGAAAAGGGCACUGUUGUCGCUAUUAUGGCAGAAGGGAAGGAGCACGCACUCGCUAUUGGAAUCACAACACUUUCUACAGUUGAUAUAGCUAAAGUUAAUAAAGGAGUAGGAGUAGAAAACUGCCAUUAUCUUAAUGAUGGUCUAUGGAAAAUGAAGCCACUCAAGUAGACGAAUAUUAUUUUAAUUGCGAUAUAAGAUUCCUUGCAUUUCUAAUGGACUUUUAAACAAAAAAAAAAAUAACAACUUUCUUUUUAAAAUGAAACAAA